AUGCAAAAAAAGCAAUUGCAAAAAGCUUUAUCUCAAAGCAAUUGCUGCAACUUUAAGCAAUUGCUGAAGGCAAAAGCAAUUACUCAGAUUUUUAUUCAUAGGUUUUUAAGCUUUUCCUUCAAUUUUGUAAGACAAAGCAAUUCCUACAUUUUUAUUCAUUAGGGCCAUUAGGUGUAUGUUUCUCACUUGAGUGAAAUAUGUUUUUUGCUUCUUUUUCUUGUUUGUUUUAGUACGUUUUCUAUUUUUGUUAGUUUGAUUUAUCUAUUCUUAGGAUUAUCCUGUAAAUGGUUUCUUUAACUGUUGGGCAAUUAUUUCAUUUAUCUAAAACAUUUUCAUAAGAAAACAUUAGAUAUGUACACACGUUUAUUGUCAUCCUUUAAG